UGUCCACAUGUAUUAAUUAUUGAUAAUUACUAUCUCCUCCUUUCUAUGUGCAGUGCAGCGAGCGAAGAAGCAGUUUAGUCACUUGGUUGGUACAGUGUGUCAGAAACAUAGACCAAAAAUGUGCUCUUCGACUCUAUCGUCCUAUUCUUUCCUCACAAUCAGCUCCACAUUUUUCAAAUCCCAAUUUUGCCCUCCUCCCUUCCCCUCUCGCGUGGUGGCGUGUCACGUUGGAUCCAAUUCCAAUGUUCAAAAGCACGUUGCCACCGACCUCAAGUUCGUCCUCCACGACGCCCUCCAUGACUCUGGAAUCAACACCACUCAUGCCAGAGAAGCUAGGGAGCAUUUCUGCUCACAAAUUAGGAGAUUCACUGAUAUUGAGAAGGGAACCAGUAUUUGUAUCAACAGGUGUGUUGAUUUGGGGAGAACUGCUCUCUACAUAGCUGCAGAGGAUGAUUCUCUAGUGUCACAUUCAUCAGUUCCACUUCCUGUCGAUGAUUUUAUUACGAGAUUAGAUGAUCUUUCCAUGGACUACUGUCCGCACUACAGCCCCAAAUAUGAUUCAUCGCCGGAGAAGUUCUUAGAGAGCAUAGAGAGAUUUCUAUAUAUUCACAAGGGUUUCAGGAGAGCCAAUGCCAAUGUAUUGGAGCCACGAGCACUUUAUCUCCACUCGGUUUUGACCCAUCGUUCAGGAUCAGCUGCAAUGCUAUCACUUAUAUACUCAGAAGUUCUGAAAAUGCUUCGGUUGUGGAGCCUUUUGCAUUUUGAUGCUGAAAUUUUCUUCCCUCGUGAUGCUCUUACCCUUCCCACAGGCUAUCAUAAGCAGAAAAGCAAGGAGUCAGACCAAGCUCACAUAAUGACUUCAGGAAACCUAUUAGUUGAGAUCUUAAAUGAUCUGAAGCAUGCAUUCUGGCCUUUUCAACAUGAUCACACCAAAACUUUAUUCUUGAGGGCGGCAACUGCUGCUAACUGUGUUGACAGAUCUGAUUUUGUUGGAGAAAGUGGCUCACAAAUUGCAUUAGCUAAGGCUGCUCAACAUAGGCUAGAUCGAGGUGUUUGGACCAGUGUGCGUUUUGGGGACAUGAGGCGAUCUUUGUCGGCAUGUGAACGUCUUAUCCUGUUGAAAAAUGAUGCAAAUGAGUUAAGAGAUUACAGCAUUCUUCUCUAUCAUUGUGGAUUAUAUGAACAGUCACUGGAAUACCUGACGAAGUACCGAGAUCUGAAGAACUCAUCUACGCAAGAAUUAUCAUCAUCAAACUCUCUUAGCAGCCUGGAGGAAGAUGCCGUGGAUAACCUGAUGAUGCGCUUGAAUCUUGUACUGAUGGAGCAAGGGUGGAGUCGGCCAUCUUAUGCCAAGAAUUUUCUUGGUAAUAAUUCUGAACCAUGGUAGUUCCUCUUCUUCCAUGUUUAUUGAGACAACAUCACAGAAGAUUUGCAUCAAGCCAUAUUGGAAAUGAAUGCUGAUGGUUCACGGCUGCGGCAACUUCAUGAAAAGGAAAAGGAGAAUGAGAAAAGGAGAUGGAAAGAUCAACAUCAUAAUGUUGGAUGAUAAGAUGAGGAUGAUUCGUCACAAAGAAUAGAAUUGUUUGAUAAGAAUCUAAGGUUUCACACCAAAAAACCAAGAAACACAUCAUUUUAAUGGUGUAUCUGAUCUGAAUAUUGGCAACUAAGUGUUUUAAAGAAUCUAUUUAUAUCUUUCUAGGCACAA